GAGACAGCAAGAAACAGAAAUAUUACAAAGAGAAGCAGUCCCAGACAGAUAGAGGUGAGGGGCGGAUAAGGCUUUGGAGUGGGACAGAGGAGGCAGAGCCUUGCUCUUACUGACUGGUAGUAAGCGAGGAAGGAAGGCGACCACGGAAAAAGGAAAAGGAACCUUGGCUUGUCCAACAGAGAGGAAGAGAGUGAAUUGUUGUUGAAGAGGCUCGGGGAAACUGAUGGGAUGGCAUUGAUCUCUGGGAGCCGGCGACUCCUGGGCCAGAUGGCGUCUUGCUGCUGCAGACCACUCCUCAGCUCCUCCUGCUGCCGACUGCUCAUCAAAACCUGCCUCUCCUCCUUCACAGACAUAUCUCCUGCUGAGCUGGAUGCUCUCUGGAGGGAGCCGCCGUACACUAUCGGGGGAGCGAAUGAGCACUUCUCAGGAAAUGACAUCAUGACUCAAGGUGAGGACGACAACGGCCCGGCUGCAGAAUCAGGAGAAGGAGCGGUGGAGCAUGACAGCUACUGGAAGAAGAAGGAGGCCUUCCUGAGAGGAAGUACCGUCUCCUUAGGAGAGAAGUUCUCUUCAGAAAUUGUUCUGGUGUUCACCGGGCGGAGGCGGUCCAGAGAGGAUCCGGAUCGGGCCCUGCAGGAGUCGCUGCGCACACGACUGCGGGUGGUGGAGAGCAACAGCAAGGACGUCAUGCAGUUGUUUAAAGACUUGUCUGCACGUUUGGUCUCCGUCCACGCGGAGAAGGACAGCUUUGUACUCACAUUCAAGACUGUGGAGGAGAUCUGGAAGUUUUCAACCUACCUGUCAUUAGGCUACGUGGCCCGUUGCCUGGAGAACUUCCUGUGCGAUCAGUCGUUCUGGCUGGACCAGGAGCUGCUCCGCGACUUGGAGAUCAACGUCACGGUGGACGAGGAGCAUCUGGCCACGCUCUACCUGGGUCUCCUGCUGCAAGAGGGAUCUUUCUUUGCCAAGGCGCUGUCCACGAGACCCGAGCAGGACGGAGAAGAAGAGCAGCUGCAGUUCAAGAAGAACGACCUGCUGAUGGUGAAGGACACGGGGCAGGAGGACAUGUGGGAGGGGACCAUGCUGUCCACGGGACUCCACGGCCUGGUCCCGGUCAACGCCAUGCAGCCGCUGCCCUUCCCCUUUUAUCAGUGGUUCCUGAGGAAGUAUCCGGGCCAUGCUGGAUGUUCACCUGUAGAAAAGGAACAGCAUGAACACUCUAUCGUGACGGGUUCGUGUGUAGCAGCGGUGGACUACAGUCCGGCCGGGGCCGAUGAGCUCCAGCUGAGCCAAGGGGACAUCGUGGAGGUGCAAGGUCUGCUGCUCCGGGGCUUGGCCGUGUUCGUAGGAAAGCACGCUUCCACGGGACGCACCGGCUUUGUGCACAAGGACCAUGUCAAACCUCUGAACAUCGUACCCCUAGACGGACAGUUGCUGUUUCUGGCUGAGGAGGAGAAGGCCGGCCUGGCCCGGGUGAACCCGUCCAGCUCUGAGCCCGGCGACGGCAGCCUGCUGGAGAGACUCUUCUCGUCCGACAUCAGCUCCGUGUACAGGCUAGAUAGACUGGAUGAGACUGACUUCAUGUACAUCCGGAACCGUCCAAAACAUGACGAUAAGAUUUUUUCAACCCCCCGUCAGAGCGUGGUCUCAGAGAAGAGCGCAGGGACGCUCCAACACCAGUUCUCCACCCACACCUCCGUCUCUCACUCCUCUCCCAACGUGUCCCUCUAUCACUCCCACAACCCUCUGCCGCGGGAGGGAGAGCGCCUGUCCUUUACUCUGGAGGACACCUUCAGAGAACUGGACGAGUUUCAGGAGGACCCGCCUCUCUUCCUGGAGGAGAACAGUUGGGAGGGCGAGGAAUCUGAGCUCAGCGACCCGACGCUGACUCUGCUCAACCUCCAGGCCUUCCAGGAGGAUCUCCUGCCCCUGUAUGACCUGCAGUAUUCCUUUCUGUGGGUGACCUUUAGUGGUAAGGCCGAGGAGGAUCUGUCGGGACAUCUUGAGAGUGUCAGGGAGCUUUGCAAGAGACUGGGCCUGCACUGGGCCCACCGCCGAGCAUGCUUCCUCCUGGGCAGACUGUGCGCCAGGAAGAUGAAGCUCUCCCAGGCCCGUGUUUACUACGAGGAGGCUUUGAGCGUUAACGUGGACAGUUUUUCCGACACGCCGCUCCUCGUGUCCCUCUUCACCAACCUCACAGCGGUUUACCUGAAGCAGCGCAUGACAGACAAACUGCCCCUGACCCUGGAGAAGGCCAGCGCCCUGCUCCUCUGUCUUCCCGGCCACAACUUCACGUCCACGGACGAGGUGGAGCUGCUGCAGCUGCUCCUGAGGAGGGCGGUGGUCAUGGGGGACAAACACCUGGAGGCUCGCGUCUGCUACCUCAUCGCCACGCUCUUCCUGCUCCUCAGGAAGUUUGAUGAUGCGCUUCCCUUCGUGGAGAGACUCCAGUUUCUCUCCUUCACUCUUUCUGCUCCCAAAGGGGGGCCGAUCGCGCCGUUGGACCUCAACUGGCUCCUGAGCGGCCUCUAUCACCGUAAAUACAUGCCGUACUUAGCACUGGCCUCCGUGAGCCUGGACUCCAGACAGGAUCACUCUCUCCCCGAGGCCUUCCAGAGGAUUGAGCUGUUUAUCAGGAACUCGGUCCGCCUGAACCCUUGCUGGAAGGAGGGCACGUCCCUCCUCCCCGCUCAGAUCGUGGUGUACCUGCAGCAGGCCCUGGCCGUGGCCGAGCAGGGCGACGACGUGAAGACUCAGAGAGACUUGUGUCUGGGCUUGGCCUCCAUUUACCAGCAGUACGGGGCGCUGGACCGAGCGGUGUGCUGCGCUCAGCAGGCCGUGGACACGGGGGGCCACAGCAACGAGGAGGAGGGCUUUGAGGCCUCCGUGCUGCUGGGCUGGCUGCUGGUGCUGACGGGCCAGGCAGAGAAGGCUCAGACGGUCCUGCUGCCGCUGCUCACCUCACUCCAGAGCACAGACAGUCCCACUCAGCGAGGCGUGAUCCAUAACCUGCUGGCUCUGUGUCUGAGGCAUCAGGGUCGCACCCGAGAGGCAGGCGGGCACUUCUACUCUGCCCUGGUCAUCUCCAGGGAAAGUGGGAACCAGAGGAAUCAGGCCCUGGCGCUGGCUAACCUGGGCUGCCUGGCUCUGGGCGCCGGGGCGUCCCGGGUGGCAGAAAGCUUCCUCGUCAGAUCUCUGUGCCUUUUCCUGGAGCUCUGGGAGAGCCCCCGGAGAGACGAGACGGACGAGGAGCACGUCCAGACCUACCUCUGGCUCGGGCGCAGCUACAAACACAGCGGGAGGAGUCAGGACGUCAGGGAGUGUUAUGAAAUGGGGCUUCUGAUCGCGCUACAAGCCAGAAACUUGCACAGUCAGAUGGUGGUGGCGAAGGUGCUGAGUCGUCUGUACGCAGACAUGCUGCUCUACGGUCAGAGCAUUGUUUACUACGAGCACUGCGUGUCGGUGUCCAGGGAGCUGAAGGACAAGAGGCUGGAGGGGGAGUACCUGGAAAUCCUCAGCAGCCUCUACCUCUCACUCAACACAGAGAAAUCCUCUCGUAAGUCUCUCGACUACACCAAGCAGAGCCUGAGGAUCUCUAUCGACUUGGGCAAGAGAGAGGAGGAGUCGGAGACCUGGUUACAGGUGGGGCGGAUAUAUUACCUCAUCCAGGAGGACGAGCUGGCUGACAUGUACCUGCAGGCAGCAGUGAAGACAGCCCUCAGGAUGAAUGACCCUCACUUUGCUAUGAGCAUCUACGAGGAGACGGGAGACGUCUACUUUAAAGGCCACAGAAACCGAAUGGCGUCCCUGCCUUUCUACCGGGAUGGAAGUCUGCCGUUUGCACGGAGCAUCAGAGACGUCCACUCGGAGUAUCGCUUGCUAAGCAAGCUGACGGAGCUGCUGAUGAAACACGGCGAGCAGGAGGACGCGCUGCAGUACGCCACGCUGGCGGUGCAGAUCGCCAACCAAACAGGAGCGAGCCUGAACGAGAGAACGGCCUACCAUCGGCUGGCUACCAUCUACUACAACUUGGAGCGGUAUGAGAUGGCAGAAAACUACUACCUGAAGUCCCUUUCGCUGUGUCCUCCCUUCCUGCAGCACCCCAAGGAGGCGCACUACUACACUAAGGUCUACUGCAGACUGGGGAACCUUACUUUGCACAAACUCAAGGAUGCAGUUGAUGCGCUGGGCUACUUCCAGCUGGCUCUGGCCGCUGCUCUCGAGGACCAAACGAACCCAGAGGCUCUGUAUGUGGUGUACAUGAAGCUGGCCGAGCUCCACGGCAACCACAUCCCUGACGACGAGCUGUGCCAAGUUUACAGAGGCAGAGCCCACAGCUUGAAGAGAGUUCUGGCUGGCGGGGAGAGCUCUGCUGCCGGAGAGGAAAAUGUGGACAUCACAUCUGGAGAGGCGGAGGAGAGCUCCGAGGCUCAUAUGGGUUACGAAAAAAGUGUGGUCGGGGGGAAUUUUAUGUUGGAAGAUGAGAAGCGUGAAGCAGCUCCGAGAACCCCCACCGUCUCCUCAGAGUCAGGGGGCAGAUGUGCAGACAGGAACCUGCAAGACGCCAGCAGGCGAAGAGGCCACAGCCACUGUCUCCCUGAGACGGAGGGUCCGUUCGUGGACGCGUUUGGCUCUGAGACAGACACCACGGCCAGUCGGUCGUACAGCGACAGUAUUUUAACCGAGUCCUUCGACACAGCCAAGGAGCACAUCUCAGACUGCAGCAGCUCCACGGACACCUACCAGAAUCCAGCCGAUGGGAGAGACUCUGAACUGGAGUCUGACCGCAGCGUGCCCAGUCAGAUACCUGCUAAACAACCAAGUGACUUCACAGAUGCCAGAGACACAGAUUCGGAUGUUCAGGAUGAGCAAAACACCCCCACUAAAGAGAAAGACACUCGUGUAGAUCUGAAUCCAAAAGAGGAAGAGAAAUCCGAGACGGACAGUGAGUCCGACGCAAACACUUUGAGAUUUUAACUUACAUUUUCUCUCUUCUCGUCACAUGUCUCUCAGACAAAAAACUGACUGCAACGUUCCAGCCACAAGGCAACUUUUGUAUAAAGUAUGAUGUCAAUACUGUAAAUCUGGAGGUUUCCCUAAAUUUAAAGCAUGGGCCUUUUUUCUAAUAUAUACUGUGUUUAUAAACGCACCACGCUUGUUUUCUACAUUGUUGUAUCUGUUGUUGAUAUGAUACAAACAUUAAAACAAUUAUUUUGGUU